AUGGCGGGUUACAGAGCAGAAGAUGACUACGACUAUCUCUUCAAAGUGGUUCUGAUAGGGGACUCCGGCGUGGGCAAAUCCAACUUGCUCUCGCGGUUCACCAGGAACGAGUUCAGCCUCGAGUCCAAAUCCACCAUUGGCGUUGAGUUUGCGACCAGGAGCUUGACCGUCGACGGGAAAGUCAUCAAGGCUCAGAUUUGGGACACCGCCGGCCAGGAGAGGUAUCGAGCCAUCACGAGCGCGUACUACCGCGGGGCCGUGGGCGCUCUCCUCGUGUACGACGUGACGAGGCACUCGACGUUCGAGAGCGUCGAGCGGUGGCUCAAAGAGCUGCGAGACCACACGGACCCGAGCACGGUUGUGAUGCUCGUCGGCAACAAAUCCGACCUCCGCCACCUCGUGGCUGUCUCGACUGACGACGGGACCUCUUUUGCCGAGCGCGAAUCGCUCUACUUCAUGGAGACCUCCGCUCUCGACUCCACGAACGUGGACAAUGCGUUUACCGAGGUUCUAACCCAAAUACACCACACUGUGAGCAGGAAGACGAUGGACACGGGAGCCAAUGAGGAUGCGCCAGGUGUCCCUUCCAAAGGCGAGAAGAUUGAUGUGACUAAGGACGUGUCGGAUAUGAAGAAAGGCGGCUGUUGUUCUUCGUGA